UGUUGUGGUGACAGAGAGCAUCUCUCCCUGCAGGUGUUUCCUCUCCAGAUGAAGAUGUGGACUCUGCUAUGAGUCAGUGUGAGGACAGAGAGGAGGGGGUCCCUCCCCCUAAACCCCCUCUGUGGGGGGACCAUGACAGCCAGACCAAAGCUCAGAGGAUCCCUCAGGGGCCAGACUGUCCUGGACCUGGACCCAGCUGUGUGUCCAUGAAGAGUGACCUGUCUAUGCCUCUUAUUAUAUCCUUUAAAGAUGGACGCCAGUCUGCUGAUCAAAGGGGGAAUCUGGAAGAACCUGGACCCAGCUGUGUGUCCAUGAAGAGUGACUGGUCUAUGGAUGAACCUUUAGACUUCAAAGAUGGACGCCACUCUGUUGAUCAAAGAGUGGACCAGGAGAGCUCAAGGUCCCAGUGGCAGUCUGCCCAGCAGCUCAAACCCCACUGUGCCUCCAUCUUUAUGCUGCUGGAGGACGACAUCGUCACUUUUGUGAAGAACGAGCUGAAGAAGAUCCAGAAGGUUCUGAGUCCAGAUUACCCAGAAUGCUUAGAGAGUCAGAGACAGGAUGAGGAGGUGUUGGACGGUGAGGAUGAGGAGCAGAGGAAGAGCAGCAGAGAGGUAUUUCUGAAGAUCACACUGCACUUCCUGAGGAGAAUGAAGCAGGAGGAGCUGAGUUAA